AGUACGAUAGCUUUUCUAUUCCUUAGAAAAAGUAUGAAUACACUUCAAUCAUAUUGAAGGAUUUCCAUACAACUGAUAGACAAAUGAACGACCUUACAUCCGCAAUGGGGAUAAUAUGUACAUUUUACUACACUUGUAUUCCAUUUCAAUACAGGAUACAGGAAAUUUAAAAUUUCUGUGAAUUGUGUAGAAAAUUGAAGUUUCAUCUUUAUUGCUCUAACGUACAAAACUGUUAUCAGUAAUGAAGACUUGAGGGCAUGAGCGAUCAGUGACCAAUAAAAACGUUGGAUUACAACUUACUUCUGUCUUGUCAACCAUUAUUUCACCACCAUCAGGGUCCCACCUCACCAGCUGACAUGGACCUAAAGAAGAGGGUUCUGCAGCAUCUUCCUAAACUUUCAAGGUUUGAUCCAUUUCAAGUAUUUGAGGUCACCCACUAUCCAUGUGCUGUGCUAUACAUCAAGGUCAUUUGUGGAUACAACAUCACCAAAGGAUGGGCAGGGGACCUCAUGGACACACCGGAUCCGUAUGUCACACUCUAUAUCAAGACGGCGCCCAAUUGUUUACAGAAAACAACCAUCAAAGAUAAUGACAUCGACCCUGUUUGGAACGAGACAUUCACCUUUUAUAUUGAUCCCAGAGAACGCAGCAAUACACUAGUGAUAUCACUGAUGGAUUCUAACUACCUCAUGGAUGAACCUUUGGGGUCACAGGUCAUCGAUCUCAAAGAACUACCGUAUCAAGGAAAAGAAAAAUAUUCACUUGAGUUUUUUGGGACAUCAGUGGUUGAAUUUGAGCUAUGGGCAGACAUGAACUGUGAACCACAGUUACGGUUUAGUCUCACACUGAGUGAGGAGGAGCGAGCAUUUGUGGAAAAGAGAAAGAUGCGAAUAUUUGACACCAUGAAGAAAUAUCUUGGAGAGGAUGCACCAGUUUCCAUACAAGAGGUGCCAGUUAUAGGUGUGAUAGGGUCCGGUGGAGGAUUCCGAGCGAUGACUGCGUACAGUGGGGUGUUCAGUGCCCUAGUCGACACAAACAUACUGGAGAUGGUCACGUAUGCUGGGGGAUUGUCUGGAUCAGCAUGGUACCUAUCUCAGCUAUACACCCACCCUGAAUGGCCACAGAGGUCCCCCCUUGCCCUCCAGGAGGAGUUGAAGAGUAAUAUUGAUUCAAGCCCUUUUUACCUGUUAGGCCCCAAUAGUAUGUAUUCGUAUGUCUCUCGGAUCAUGGAGAAGCGUCGCCAGGGACAGCCUGUCAGCUUCACUGACUUCUUCGGACAUCUUGUCGGGGAGACUCUUCUCAAAAAUCGGCAAAAUGCCAAAUUGUCGGACCAAAAGGAAAAGAUCCAAAAUGCUGACAUCCCUAUGCCUCUGUACACUUGUCUUCACGUCAAAAAGUCUGUCUCUGCUAUGGUCUUCCAUGAAUGGAUGGAGUUUACCCCCUUUGAAAUUGGAUUACCUAAGUAUGGCACAUUCAUGAAGUCAGAAAACUUUGGGAGUAAAUUCUUCAUGGGUCAGUUGGUGAAGAAGUACCCAGAGCAACCUCUACACUUCCUACAGGGUGUUUGGGGGAGUGCCUUCUGUAUCCAAUUCAAGCGCCUCCUCAAGGAUGAUAAACGCACGGACGAGUGUCGCAUUAUACAGGAAGAACGGGAAGAGCUUGAGAGAGAACUUCUUCAAGAGCUUGACACACAAACAGAUGAGGAAAGUGAAUCAAGUGAGACAGAGGCAGAGGAAGAGGAAAGGAAACGCAAACAGAUAGAGCAGAAAGGUCGCCGGAAGAGUUCUGUGGCCAGUGUUAAUAGCAGGAGAGGGUCCACAGCCAGUAUUACUAGUAUGAAGGACACAGAUAAUAACAAGGGCUUUAUCAGGAGCAUGUUUGGCAAGGUGUUGGAUAGCACCGGCAACUACCUACUGGGUUCCAUCGAGGGGCGGGCUGCCAAAGUACACAGCUUUAUGAGGGGUUUGUCCCUGUACAAGGUCUACCCAUUCUCUCCAUUCACUUCCAUAGACGAAGGGACAGAAGGUAUGGACCAGUUUGAUGGGAUAUUUGAGAUGUAUCCCACCAACAUGAAAAAGCUGUAUGUGGUAGACGGUGGACUGACAUUCAACUCACCGUUCCCCCUCCUGCUUCGCCCUCAGCGACAAGUUGAUCUUCUUCUGUCCUUCGACUUUAGUGCCAGGCAAAGUGACAGCACACCACCCUUUAAGGAGAUCAAGCUUGCAGAGAAAUGGGCACGAUUAAACAAUGUGCCAUUCCCCGAAAUUGACCUAAAACGUUUUGACCGUGAAGGAAUGAAGGAGUGCUAUGUGUUCCAGAACCCCAAUGAUCCUCGCUGUCCCAUUGUGCUCCAUUUUGUGUUGGCCAACAUCACCUUUAGGGAUGAGAAAAUGCCAGGUGUUCCUCGAACUACAGAGGAGGAAAAGGAGUUUGCCGACUUUGAGAUCUUUGAUGAUCCUGAGAGACCCUAUUCAACAUUUAACUUUAAAUAUACUCACCAAGCCUUUGAUCGUUUAACAAAGCUGACCGAGUUCAAUACCAGACUUCAUAAAGACCUUAUCAUUGAAAAAAUUAAGGAAUGUGUUAAAAAGCACAGGAACAAUGGUUCAGUGACACGGAGACCAAUCAAACUGAAGGACAUCAAAAAACUCCGCCUCCAAAAGAUUGAGGAGGACAGGUUAAAGGAAUUUGUACAGUCCUUUGACGAUGGAGAUGUGCCAAUAGUGUGAUAGUUGUUGGUACAAAUCUUCAGUUUCCUGCCAUUCGAAAUGGUAGCACCGUCUAGGACCAAUGUAACACACAAAGUUCAAGGUCAAAGAUGAUUCGUGCAUUGUAGUACAUCCUACAUUUGAUAUUGAUAUUGAUCAAGGAUGCUCAACAUUCCAGGCCAUUUAUGCCAUUCCAGGGGCGACUUGUCAUAAAUCAAGUCGUCUCUCCUACAACACGGAAUCAGGGUGCAUACAACUGUACUAGUCAAACAUCAAGUUUCUCUAGGAGGCACUGAAAAGGACAUGGUUAAGACAUGAAGGAAACAUUUAAAUUUACAAUGAUGAUGGUUGUGUGACAUUUGGUGAGUGUGCUGGAGUUAAGUGUGGGCUAGUUACAGACAUGGUAUCACACAGGAUUCUACUACUAGGUCAGCCAAAACGACCAGAUACUGUUAAUUACCUCCAUCAUUUCUGCUCAUACUGAUUCAGGUGGUAUUUUUUUUAAUGGCUAGCUGAUGAGGAUUUCAACCCAUGAAGGGAAUAAUAACAGAGAUAACUGGGUUUUUUAAAUCAAUUGCCAUAUGUUUGAAUUUUGAGAUAAACUUUCCUAAAGAAUUAGUGAGGAAAUGUAAGCAAAACAGAAGUGAUUUACCCGGUAAGGUAGCUGGCCAAGGUAAAUCUAUAGUCAACAAACUAAGGGAGUAUGUGAGAUGUGAACAGUGUUAUGGAAUAUAAUAUUCAAGAUGGAACAGUCUGCAUUCCUACAAAAGUGACAACUGGACUUUCUUUUACAGUGAAACAAUCUAAAACAGUGACAAUUUGAAUGUUGUUGUAAAUAGAACUGUCUACAACCCUGAUAUCAGCACGGUUAUCAUAGGUGCAACAGUCUAUAACUGCAUGUGACAACUGGAAUGUUAUCUUAAGUGGUACCGACUACAACCCCGAUAUCAGCACGUUUAUCAUAGGUGCAACAGUCUAUAACUGCAUGUGGCAACUGGAAUGUUAUCUUAAGUGGUACCGACUACAACCCCGAUAUCAGCACGUUUAUCAUAGGGGCAACAGUCUAUAACUGCAUGUGACAACUGGAAUGUUACCAUAAGUGGAACCGACUACAACCCUGAUAUGAGCACGUUUAUCAUAGGUGCAACAGUCUAUAGCUGCAUGUGACAACUGGAAUGUUAUCAUUAGUGGAACCGACUACAACCCUGAUAUCGGCACGUUUAUCAUAGGUGCAACAGUCUAUAACUGCGUGUGACAACUGGAAUGUUAUCAUUAGUGGAACCGACUACAACCCUGAUAUCAGCCUUUUUAUCAUAGGUGCAACAGUCUAUAACUGCAUGUCACAACUGGAAUGUUAUCAUAAGUGGAACCGCCUACAACCCUGAUAUCAGCACGGUUAUCAUAGGUGCAACAGUCUAUAACUUCAUGUGACAACUGGAAUGUUAUCAUAAGUGGAACCGACUACAACCCUGAUAUCAGCACUGUUAUCAUAGGUGCAACAGUCUAUAGGUGCAACAGUCUAUAACUGCAUGUGACAACUGGAAUGUUAUCAUUAGUGGAACCGACUACAACCCUGAUAUCAUCACUGUUAUCAUAGGUGCAACAGUCUAUAACUUCAUGUGACAACUGGAAUGUUAUCAUAAGUGGAACCGACUACAACCCUGAUAUCAGCACUUUAAUCGUAGGUCCAACUACUAACUACAACUGUGUUAUCAGGACUGAUGUCAUGAACAGAAUAGUUUACAUCUGUGAUACCAUGACAAUAUCUAUUACGGUAAACAUUAUUAAUGCAUUAAACCAUUUUGUUACACUUAAGAAUGUAUAAAAUGUCAU